AUGGUUCUCAUGCGUGCUGUGUAUCGUGGUGAUAUUGGCGUGGUGAAGCGACUGCUGCGUGAUGGGAGAUAUGAUGUAAACGGAAAGUACACGUAUGUGUGGGGAUUGACUCCUCUGCACCUAGCAGCACUGAGAGGUAAUACAGAUAUGGUGAAACUACUCCUGGACAGCGGGGCUAAAGUUAAUGCCGAGGACUCGUGUGGCAGUACUCCUUUACAUGAGGCAGCAGAUAAAGGCCAUGAAGACAUCGUGAAGCUUCUCCUGGCGUAUGGAGCUGAUCCUAAUAUCACCAAUAAGAUGGGCUUGACUCCUUUACAUUGGGCAGCGUGUGGAGGACAUGGAGAUAUCGUGAAGCUUCUCCUGGAGCAUGGAGCUGAUCCUAAUAUCACGAAUAAGUGGGGCAGAACUCCUUUACAUAUGGCAGCAAUGUACGACCAUGAAGACUCCGUAAAGCUUCUCCUAGAGCAUGGAGCUGAUCCUCAUAUCACCGCUGAGCACAAAGAAACAGCAUAUGACAAGGCUGAAAAAAAGGGCCAUGAACACGUUAAGAUAGUGCUGCAUAGAUAUGCCUUGCCACCAAUACAGGUUAGUCCUGUCAAAUGA